UGAGCAGGGAUGCUGAGGCAGAAUAAAAAGGCAAACCGUUCCCUGUCUCGAGAUGGCAGGAGCAAGAGAGUCUCCGCCAUCACAUUCCUGGAGCAUUCGAGCCGAGCUUUUGUGGACCUCGGGGAAAUCAGAGCAAACAGCUGCCUCCCACAUGGAGGCGUUGGCAGCGACGAGCCGUUCCUCUUGCCCUUUCUCAUCGCCGCACUCCAGGACUGGCGCGAGGGCACACAGGGAGCCACGUCCAGAUCGGCACUUGCCUCUUCCCUUGUCAUGUCGACCCACAUGGACUACAACUCCUGCCCGAGAGAUUGCCCCACCAUGGAUAGCCUGGAAAGGCAGCUCAUUUGCCCCAUUUGUUUGGAGAUGUUUACCAAGCCGGUGGUCAUCCUGCCCUGUCAGCACAACCUGUGCAGGAAAUGUGCCAACGACAUCUUUCAGUCUCGAGGAACGACCUUGGGGUCUGCGGGGAGGUUUCGCUGCCCGUCUUGCCGCCACGAAGUGGUCCUCGACAGACAUGGCAUCUACGGACUGCAAAGGAACCUUCUGGUUGAAAACAUCAUUGAUAUUUAUAAGCAAGCAUCAGCCAGGGGCCCAGAGAGACCACCUUUAAAAACCGAGCACCCGAUUUGCGAAGAGCAUGAAGAAGAAAGGAUCAACAUCUACUGCGUGACCUGCGGGGUCCCCACCUGCUCCCUCUGCAAGGUCUUCGGGGAGCACAAGGACUGCGAAGUGGCGCCUCUCUCUGACAUCUACAUACAACAAAAGGCAGAGCUGACGGGAGGGAUUGGUGCCCUCGUGGCUGCGAACGACAGGAUCCAGGCCUACGUUGGGGAUCUGCAAGGCUCCUGCAGGAACGUUGAGCACAACUGCAAAGCCCAGAAGCAGGCCCUGUGCGAGAAGUUUGACCGCAUGUGCGCCAUUUUGGAAGAGAGGCGGAAGAUCAUGUUGCAGAGGAUCACCUACGAGCAGGAGGAAAAGAUCCAGCACCUGAAAUCCCUCUGCAAAACAUGUGGUGACCAUAUUGACUCUUCUUCCAAACUGGUGGACACAGCCUUGCAGUCCAUGGAGGAGCCGCAGAUGGCUGUAUUUGUGCAGAAUGCCAAAGUUCUCAUCCAGAAGAUAUCCGAAAUGUCCCAGAGCUGCAAACCUGAGAAGCUGGAGUCGGGCUAUGACAACAUGGAUCACUACACGGUCGAUUUCAAUGCGGAAGAACGACUUCUCUACCAGCUGGAUUUUAUCAAAGUUGAAGAAGAAUCUGAGCCAAUGGCAGAGGAAGAUGGAGCCUCUGCCGAGGCUGAAGAUGCUUUGGCAGAGUAUGGGGCAGCAGCUGGUGAGGGACGAGAGGACUCUGAGGACUUCUUUGCUCCUCGAAAGGAAGAGCAGGCUCAAGGAAGAGCCCCAGUGACAAACGAGAUGCUGAGCAGUGGGGUGAAAGCUACACCGCAGGCUGGGACAGAAGGCCUGGCUGGCAAAGAGGACAAUUUAUGGGGUGGCCAGCAGAGUCUGCUGGAUGGGGAGCUCCACCUGACUGGCUCCAGUCCCCCAGCAACCUUGCCAGAAUGUGAUUUACAGAGUAAUGUUCUCAGCCAAGACAUGGGGCAGCCCAAAGUGGAUGGAGCCUCUGGCGAAACCUUCAGCACCAUGGACAGCUCAGCAGAGACUGAGGAGAGCAGAGGCCUGGGCAGCGGUAGGGAAUGUGAAGCUGGUCCUACAGCCCAUCUCCUGAAUGGGAUGGCAUCUGCCACCAGCCAGGCUCCUGCAUCCAGUCCCACCGCUGAGAGAUGGAGAAGCGAGGAGAUUACUGAACCUCUCCUCAGCAGCUUCUUCAACCCAACUACCCUUUGGCUACACGAUUAAGGAGAGUUAGUGCAGAGGUCCAACUGCACCCUUCAAGAGAAUCUGCCGCUCAGCACAUCGGUUGCCCUAACCCACUCUAUUGUGCAUGAUCAGCAAGGAGGGAGACGCAGAGCUCAAGCAAGUGAGCCAGACCACAUACUCAGAAGGACAGCACCCCCCUGGCACUCCUCGGCAUUCCCAUUUCCUCUCCUUUGACUGUCACCCCCCC